UCUAAAAAUGUCAAAAUUGACGUUAGAGGUGAUGUAGAAAUGCAAUGUUACGGAAACUACCGAAAAUGCUUAAAAUGCACAAAUUCGAUUGAUUAAAUUCCGUGGCAAAAUAAUUAGUUGUGAAUAUUCGUGUGCGGCGCUUAGAGAAACUGAAUUCGACUUUAAAAUGAAUCUUGGCGGUUCGGUUAAAAUAAACAAAUGUGGAAUGUUGAUUUUCACAUUGGUCAUCGUUCUACUCAUCUACUACAUGAGCUUUAGCAAAAAAGACACAUCGCACGGUAGUGGCAUACACAAAAAUCCAAAUUACAUCAACUUAAGAAAGUUGCUAAUUGGAUCGAUUCAGGCUGCUGAAAAAGGUGGCAUUGAAGUGUUGGCUGUGUCGAAAGACAAAAACAUUCAUGAACGAAGUAAAGGCAAAACUCUCGAAGGUGCAAACGAUCCGGUGACGAAUGCAGACUUCCGUUCCCAUUGUGUAAUGCAACAAGGCUUACAGAGACUGUUCCCGAAAUUAAAAAUUAUUUCUGAAGAAGAUGCUGAAACGGUCCGGUGCUCUGAUGUACCGCUGUUCGAUUUAGAUCCAACUGUUUUACAUGCAGCCACAUUGCCCGACGAAGACGUGCGCGCAGACGAUAUCACCGUCUGGAUCGAUCCAUUAGAUGCUACCCAAGAGUAUACAGAAUCCCUUUACGAGUACGUAACAACCAUGGUAUGCGUGGCAAUUAAAGGAUACGCAACGAUAGGAGUGAUUCACAAUCCGUUUACAUUGAAAACAGUGUGGGCUUGGAAAGGCAAAUCAAUGUCCGAGGACCUGGCUAAAGUCAAACCGGAAGAGUCGAAGAAUCACAUAAUCGUUGUGUCGCGGUCACAUAGCGGUGAUGUGAAGAAAAUGACCAACAGUAUCUUCGGCGAUGAUGUGCAUGUUAUAGACGCAGCAGGAGCGGGCUAUAAAGUGCUUCAAGUGGUGUUCAACAAUGCCACCGCCUACAUCCACACGGCCCACAUAAAGAAAUGGGAUUUGUGUGCCGGGAACGCUAUUCUAAAUUCGUUAAACGGUAAAAUGACGGAUCUCUCGAAUGAAGAAAUUAAAUAUUUGAGCGAUGAAAAUGAUGUUGUACACACGAAAGGACUGGUAGCUACACUGACAAAUCACAGAUUUUAUAUUGACAAAAUUAAGAAAGAAGAAAAUAAAUUGAACGAAAAGUGAUAUUAGAAUGAGGCGA